GACAAACGCUCCCCAACGACUGCUGGAAGCGCUUCCGGGUCAAAGAUGAUUCUCUUCUAUCCACAUGUGAUUCACAUGUUUGUAUUCAGAGUAACAUAUUGAUGACACUGACAUCGGGAUACAUUUAUUACAGACUGUUAUAGUAAAAGAGCGCCGAUAUGUCGGACAGUGAAGAUGAAGCUUGUGAACGGAAGAGAAUUUCAAAGUACCAAUGUCCGGCUGACUUUGUGCCCAUGUCGUAUGAUUCCUCUGUAAGCGCUUUAUGGGACGAAGAUGAAGAGAAGGAAUUAUGGCUCAUCAAAGCUCCAGCUCGUUUUGAUUCUAAAGGCUUUGAAAAGCUCAAAGUUCCCUUAUCAGGACUGGAAAUGGUCCAGUCUUGUGGCACAGCGCCUCAGAUCUACAGCGUCCUCAGUAGCAGGACAGCACCAUCAGACCUCCAUCUGCUCAUUUCCAAAGAGAAGCCUUUUCUCUGUUCCUCUGGCUUCAGUGGUGUCCUCAAGAUCUCAGAAAGCUACGGAAACUGCAGUGAGAACCAAGGUCCCGUUCCCAUCCCGGCCACUCCAGCUCCGUCAAUCCCAGCUGGUCUGAAGCAACGUUUCCAGCCUUUUGGUAGUUCCAUUGCAGCUCGCAGGCAAGAUGAAGUCACCGUAGUCUCUCCAACCGCUCCCAAGAGAACCAGUCAGGAUCCAAUUGAGGGCGAGGAGCGGAAAAAGAAGAAAAAGAAAAAGAAAGACAAGAGGCAAGAGGACAGUGACACAGUUUUUAUCAAGGAAGAACAGACACAGAUUGACUGUGAUCAGUUAGAGUUAUCUGAGCUUAUGGAGGAAGAACCAACGGAGGAAAGGAGGAGGAAGAAGAAAAAGGUGAAGAAAGAGAAGGAAAGACAUAAUGAAGACAUAACUGAUGCAAGUUUAAUAUUCAAAACGGAGCCACUGGAUCCUUCUUAUUAUUACCUUGAUACACCAGGAAAAACUAAAAAGAAGAAAAAGAAUAGUAGUCGACACGAGUAGACUGUCAUUAGAACUUGAAAUGUUUUAUCAAUUUGUCAUAUUUACAAAUGCUUACUGUGAUAUUUAACUGUCAAAUACAAUGGAGAAACAUUCAUAAUUACCUUAUGCAUUGAUUUAUUCUUCUGUUUUUACUGUCAUUCAAGCAACUGCACAUCACAGAGAUUCUAUUUUAUGUAAUAGACCUUAAUCAUGAAAGUUUAAUUGCGUUUUUGUCAUCUGGAAGACUUUUUUUUUCGUUUUUUUUCAAGACACAUUUGGUCAGCUGAACAAUCGGUAUGUUAUUAAAGAACCGCACUGUACUUUUGUCCCUCACAUGCUUUUUUUUUUUUUUUCAUGUUAAAAAAUUAAAUAUGACGCUUCCGUAACUAAGGUCCAUACAGGUAUUAAAUGAAAAUUCACAUUCACUCACCUUCAUGUCGUUCCAUACUUGAAUGAUUUUAUUCUGUGGAACAAUAAAAAUAUCUAUAUUUGG